AGUAUUCUUAAUGAUCCUUAAAUUAAAACAUACAAGAUGCACCUGCCUAUGGAAAAUGAACAAACAACUAUUUCAUAAAUUGAUAUCCUUGUUCAUCUUUCUCCAAGAAGCUUUCGAUUUCAAACGGGCAAUCGAUUUCGAAGGUCAAACAACAGUAAACGAGAUAACAUGCUGCAGAGAUUAUUUUAGUCGCAAUUGUAGUUAUGUUCAGGUUUAUACGGUCAAUAAAUGUUGAAUAUCGCAGGGAAAAUGCUGAAGUCACAGCCCUCCGCAAAGCUCACAAGUGCAAGCAUGUAUGAGGCCACAAUACAAGCACUGAACAAUCUGCAAAGCAAUGCCGAUUAUAUCAGCAAGGUGUCCUCACCUUCGACACAGACUGGCACAAAUAAACUACAGAAAACCUAUGAGUUCAUUAGUAGGUACUAAAGGCAAGGGAUCCACUUGCGCCUACUGCGAGAGCGUCCUCAGGGAACACGGUCUGAAGACGGGUUUUUACUCUUCGCCUCAUUUGGUGCAUGUCACCGAGAGGAUCAGGAUCAAUGGGAAACCUAUAGGUAAAGGGAAAUUCGUUAAGUACUUCUGGGAUGUUCACGAUAGGCUCUCGCAGCGAGAGAAGGAUGGCAUGCCGAUGUACUUUCAGAUGCUGACGAUACUCGCAUUUAAAAUCUUCAUUAUGGAGAAGGUGGACGUGGCUGUGAUAGAGGUCGGAAUCGGCGGGGAAUACGAUACGACCAAUGUUCUUAGGAACGUGCCGAUAGUCGGGAUAACAUCGCUUGGAUACGAUCACACCUCUUUGCUAGGCAACAGCAUGGAGGAAAUCGCUUGGCACAAGGGCGGGAUCAUGAAGAAGGGUUGCGAGGCAUUCACCGUCGAUCAACCCGCCAACGCGAUGAAAGUAUUAGAGGAGCGAAGCGUAGAGAAAGAAUGCGAAUUGCAUGUCGUCGAAGAUUGUCCGAAAUAUGCGGAGGAUUGCAUCGGCCACCCUUACAGCAUCUACAAGCGCAACGUUUCUCUAGCUUUAACCCUUUCCAAAGCCUAUUUGAAUCUCAAAGGCUUGAAGGAAGAUUCCGAUCUAACGCAAAAUGCGUUGCGAACGUGCUCUUGGCCUGGGCGGUUUCAAAUAUUAUCAAUUGACAACAUCGUUUACCACCUCGAUGGUGCACACACCGAAGACAGCAUUGAACACUGCGUGGAAUGGUUCAAACAGCAGACUAAACAUUCGAAAUCCCGGAAGGCUUUGAUAUUCAACAGCACCGGAGACCGCAAAUCCGUAGAUCAUCUGAAGAUCUUACAGAAGUGCCACUACGAUAAAGUAUUCUUCGUCCCAAACGUUUCCAGAACGGAUAAAAGCAUAGCCGAUUUCGGCGGCGGCAGCAAAUCCAUCGAACGGUGCGAAUUGCACAAAGAGCAAUGGUUGAAAUUACUGGGAGGAUCUCAAAUGAUCGACUCCGAAGUGCACGUGUUUCCAUCGGUCUUCGACGCUCUACAAGCUUUGAAAGAGAAUCAACACGAUCUUCUGGUCACCGGCUCUCUGCACCUGAUCGGAGCCGUCCUCAACAUAAUCGAUCCCAAUCUGCAGCAAAUACCGCAUCAGAAGAAAUAAAUAACUCGCGCUUAUUCGCGCAUCAUCAGCAAGUUUUGUAUAUACUAUAUAUUUUUUUUAUAUAUAUAAUUCACAAUUAAUCAGAUUGUUUUAUACAUUCCAUCAAAAUUUACAAAAACAAAAGGAGAAGUAUACGUAAACCGAGAGAGAUCAAAAUCGCAAUAAAAAAAUAUUACAUAAUCCCUGUGCGUUAAUUCUAAAAGACAAAAAAAAAAGAGUUAAUAAUAAACAUACGUAUAAAAUUAAUUGUUUCUAAAUAUAUGUACACAUACGAACGAAUCGGUAACCAAAAUGAUUGACUAAAAUCCAGAGGGGGGAUAAAAGAUGGUGCAACGAGAAACGAUCUUUUCGUUGCAGGAGAAGACAGAAGAAGAAAAAAAAAA